AAAUAUAUCUUCUUUAGUCAAUUUCUCCAUGUUAGUCAUGGGCAAACACCCACACGUUUCUUUAGAAAUGCAACGCAGACUUGCAGAACUUUUGAGGUCAGCGUGACUGGCUGACAUUCACACAAUCUGGAAUUUCACGACUAACGUAGCACCCUUCGGAUGCACUGGCGGACAAAGGAGCCUUUCAGACUAGAGGAAUGUCGCUGACACCCCGACCAUAGUGUGAGCUGAGAUGGGCUCAGAGGAGCAUACGUCAGUCAUGUCGCAGAAGAUCUCCUUGUCCCGCAGCAACAGCAGCUCCUCAUCCAAACAUGACAGCCGACAGGACAGCUGGGAGAUUGUGGAGGGUCUACGCGGAGGCUUCAGCAAUGUCCUGGAGCCGCAGAAACAGGAAAGCUAUGUGCUCAAGAAGAGAAAAUGGCCCCUGAAGGGCUGGCAUAAGAGAUACUUUUCCCUGGACAAGGGCAUCCUGAAGUAUGGCAAGUGCAAUGCUGAUAUUGAGAAGGGGAAGCUUCAUGGCUGCAUUGAUGUGGGGCUCUCCGUGAUGGCCAUUAAGAAGAAAGCCAAGUGCAUCGAUCUUGAUGCCGAGGAGAACAUCUAUCACCUGAAGAUCAAGUCACAGGAGCUGUUUGAUGAAUGGGUGUCCAAGCUACGUCACCACCGGCUCUAUCGGCAAAAUGAGAUUGCCAUGUGUCCCAACGAGAAGUCUUUCCACUUCCCCCACUACCCCUCCCCGACAUCUCCUGAUAGCACCCCUCUUAGAAAGUGUGGGUCUAUACGCAGGCAGUCCACGGUGCACUCGGCGGGGGCGUUCCCUUUCAGCUACAGUAGCCAAGCCAAGGUAACAGCCUGGCUGCAGUCAUCCGAUGACAUGGACAAGUGCUCUAAAGACUUGUCAGUUUGUGAAGCGUACCUUCUCGAGUUGAGCCACCUUCUUCAGAGUAUGGAGGUCCUCCAUCGCACCUAUUCUGCACCCUCAAUCCAAGCACUUCAGGGUAAUAUCCAUCCGCUGUGUUAUGAUCGCCAGACAUCAACAUUUGACAGCCCUAAGAAGGAAAAGAGGCUUCAAAGAAAAUGGCGCACAAAGAACUACAACAAAGACACCAAAACAACUCUGCAGGUUCCCAGCUGCAUCGCUGGUUCUGUCCGCCUCCAUUCCUCCAACCCCAACCUCUCCACUACCACGCUCGCCAAUGACAAAGCUGACCCGGAGUCUCUGGAUUCUCCUUUUGAUGUGGCCAAGCUGCAGGAGGACUUCUGCCGUGUCGCCACUAACCUGCACACCACCAUGAAGUCAGCCCUGAGUUCCCUCACGUCAGAGAGGGAGCGAUUAAAACAAUGCGUGGACCAAGACUGCUGUCCUCCAACCUCCCCGCAAGUGGUCGGCUUGAAGAACGCGCUGACAACGGCUUUAGCCCAGAACUCAGAGCUGCGAGAGCGCCUCUGCAAGAUUCACGCAGAAUCUUACAUCGUAGAAGCCACACUGCACAAUCUCACUGCCCCCGUCGUGCAGAAACAGGAGGAAUCUGCCCCCGAAUCCCGUUCUUUGGUGCAUCAAGAGUCAAAUGAAAGCAGAGCUGAGUCACUGUCGGAGUUCUUUGACGCGCAGGAGGGUCUGUUGUCCAACAGUUCCUCUGAAAAUGAGGUAUCAGAAGAUGACUCGUACAUCAGCGACAUUAGUGACAACAAUUCCAUGGACAACUUUAACAAUGAGGCAGAAAAGAGCAGACAAGAUGCAGGUUCUGGAGAGAGCAGCACCGUCCUCUGCCGACGUAGAUCGCGUCUAUCUUCACCCAGCCCCAACAGCAGCGCCAUCAGCCUGUGGAACAUCCUCAGGAACAACAUUGGCAAAGACCUGUCCAAAGUGGCCAUGCCGGUGCAUCUCAACGAGCCGCUCAACACCCUGCAGAGGCUGUGUGAGGAGCUGGAGUACAGCGAGCUGCUCGAUCAGGCCGCCAGCACGCACGAUCCCUUUGAACGCAUGGUCUUCAUCGCUACGUUUGUGGUAUCAGGUUACGCAUCCAGCUACUACAGAACUGGUGGGAAGCCUUUCAAUCCUGUCCUGGGAGAAACUUAUGAAUGUGAUCGGCCAGAUAAAGGCUUCCAGUUCAUGGCAGAGCAGGUCAGCCAUCAUCCACCUAUCUCGGCUUGCCAUGCAGAGUCCAAAAAUUUUAUCUUCUGGCAAGACGUAAGGUGUAAGAACAAGUUUUGGGGAAAGUCAAUGGAGAUUGUUCCUGUAGGCAGCACACACUUAACUCUGCCUGGGUUUGGAGACCACUAUGAAUGGAACAAGGUGACGUCGUGCAUUCACAACAUCCUGAAUGGACAGCGCUGGAUCGAGCACUAUGGCGAGAUCUCCAUCAGAAACUCCAACAGUGACGCCUGCCACUGCAAGAUCACUUUUGUUAAAGCGAGAUGGAACUCAAGUGUGAACGAGGUGGAAGGAACCAUCACGGAUCAGAAGGGGCAUGUGGUCCAUCGGCUCUUUGGAAAGUGGCACGAAGCCGUUUACCGCGGGGCGCCGCCCUCGGCCACAUGCAUCUGGAGAGCAAAUGCCAUGCCGCUGGACCACGAGCAGUACUACGGUUUCACCAAGUUUGCCAUUGAGCUGAAUGAGCUGGACGCCUCCUUAAAACCGCUCUUGCCACCCACUGACACCAGACUGCGUGUGGACCAAAGACUGCUGGAGGAGGGGAAGGUCGAGGCUGCUGAGGAGCAGAAGCAAAGGAUUGAACAGCUGCAGAGAGAAAGACGACGAGUCCUUGAGGAGAGCAACGGUGCACAUCAACCAAAAUUCUUCAGGAAGUCGAAGGAUGACACGUGGGUGAGCAACAAAACUUACUGGGACUUGAGGACUGAUCCUGGCUUUGCCCACACAGAUUUCCCGACCUUGUGGUGACCUGAACUGAAACAUAUUCGCAGCCAGACUUCCAGUGGAAACAGGCGCGUUCAGCGCUGACCCUUCUUUUGUAUUGUUAUUGCCUUAACAACAAGUGCUUAUCUAAGUUAUGUAAUCAUAUUAUGCACCAUGAGAAUGUUGAUCAUGAUACAGUGAGUCCAAAAUGGAGAAAUGUGAAAAAGGAUGACCAGUCCACCUCAUUACAAGCGCCUGCUCAUUUAGAGGGUACUAAUGACCUGGUACCACGUUAGCCAAGUAUUGAGUGGAUUCUGUCAUUUAGACA